AUGUCUUGCCGUCAGACGAAAUCACUUGGCGCUUGGCACCUGGCACCUUUUCUACCUUCUCAUGAAAGAGCCGUUUCCUUCUCUUGCAUUGUUCGACUGCUUCAUUCAGCCCUGCUGGACAAUACUGAGCAGUCUUCUUGCUGUCGGUCUGCAGAGCUCGAUGAUUCCAAGUUGCUUGCUCUAAUAUCUGCUUUGAGGCUUGGAGCUGGCUCCGAGCAUUUUUCGCCUACUUACAAGGGGCGCCGAAAGCCAAAGCUUGCUUCAAUAGGGCAACGGCAACGUCAAUCGUUGCAGCGCCGGCGCUGCGGCGCGAUUUCGACAAAUUCUGUCGACUUUGGCUUCGGCGACAGUCAACCGUUUGGCAGAGAGCAACAGCACGGCGAUGACCAGCAGUAUGUACCAAACCAACCAACAAGUGCUUCUACGGGGCGGGCUGUCUGUGGGGUUAUUUCAGCCUGGUCAGAUUCCUCUACACUCACCUCAUGGACAGCCUGCAGCCUAGAAGAAGCCAUAAGAUGGCAAAGGGAGGCGUCCAAGACUGAGGUAUUGGGGGCUCCCAUCAACGGCAGCAUACGCACAAUCCGAUACAACGUACACAAAGAGGAGGCGGCUUGGCUUCUGUCUAUUCUGGACAUGACAGACUCGACUCGGCCAAUGUCCCUUAGUCUGCAAAUUUGA